AUGGACUCCUCAAAGCAAGCCCUCGCGAACUCAGAUCUCGACAAGCUCAACGAUCAAGAUAAGGCAGAGCUUCGUCAGUUCCUCGCCAACGAGCAGCAGAGAUCCCAGAUUCAGACACAAACCCACGCCCUUACGGAAAUUUGCUGGAAGAAGUGUGUCAGCGGCUCGAUCCGCAACUUGAAAUUGGACAAGGGCGAGGAGUCGUGCCUGGCAAACUGCGUGGACCGCUUCCUGGAUGUGAAUUUUCUGACCAUGAAGCACCUGAACAACAUGCGCUCCGGGUAG